UAUUGCCAGCGCGGUGGUGGCGGAUCGCUCGGUUCCAGCCAGUGGGUCCUGUGAGUGCGAGCUGAGGCGGAGAAAGGGCGCGGAACUGGAAACGGGUGAGUCAGGCACUGUCUACGCGUUAAAGAGAGGCGGCACCGCGGCGUAGGGUUGAGUUAAGUCAGCGCGGCCCCCGCGCAGUCUCUUUAGGGACACCGCGGUCUUAGCGUCAGCGAGCAGAGGGUGAGGAGGCGCCAGAGCCCGGUCCUUGCAUCCGUACUCGUCCUCAGCUCCCCGCCAGCAUCUCCACCAUGCAAUCCCGGGAAGAAGCUCCGCGCUCUCGCCGCCUCGCCAGUCCCCGCGGCGGAAGGCGGCCCAAGAGGCUUUCCAAGCCCUCGGUUUCGGCUUUUUUCACGGGCCCGGAGGAGCUGAAGGACACGGCCCAUUCCGCAGCCCUGCUGGCCCAGCUCAAGUCCUUCUACGACGCGCGGCUGCUCUGUGAUGUGACCAUCGAGGUGGUCACUCCUGGCAGCGGGCCUGGCACGGGCCGCCUUUUUUCCUGCAAUCGCAACGUGCUGGCUGCCGCGUGUCCCUACUUCAAGAGCAUGUUCACCGGCGGCAUGUACGAGAGUCACCAGACGAACGUGACCAUGCACGAUGUGGAUGCCGAGUCCUUCGAGGUGCUGGUCGAUUACUGCUACACGGGUCGUGUGUCAUUAAGUGAGGCCAACGUGCAGCGCCUGUACGCCGCCUCUGACAUGCUGCAGCUCGAGUAUGUGCGUGAAGCCUGUGCCUCCUUCCUAGCCCGCCGCCUUGACCUGGCCAACUGCACGGCCAUCCUCAAGUUCGCCGACGCCUUCGACCAUCACAAGCUGCGAUCACAGGCCCAGUCCUUUAUAGCCCACAACUUCAAGCAGCUCAGCCGCAUGGGUUCGAUUCGGGAGGAAUCUCUGGCAGAUCUGACCCUGGCCCAACUGCUGGCCGUCCUGCGCCUGGACAGUCUAGACGUCGAGAGUGAGCGGACAGUGUGCCACGUGGCGGUGCAGUGGUUGGAGGCGGCUCCCAAGGAGCGGGGUCCCAGCGCUGCAGAAGUCUUCAAGUGUGUCCGCUGGACACACUUCACCGAUGAAGAUCAGGAUUACCUGGAAGGACUGCUGACCAAGCCCAUUGUGAGGAAAUACUGUCUGGACCUUAUCGAAGGAGCCCUGCAGAUGCGAUAUGGUGACAUGUUGUACAAGUCUCUGGUGCCAAAGCCAGAGAGCAGCAGCGGCGGCAGCUCUGUUGUGUCCAUGGCAGAAAAUCCACCUCAGAGGCUGGGUAUGUGUGCCAAGGAGAUGGUGAUCUUCUUUGGACAUCCCAGAGAUCCCUUUCUGUGCUAUGACCCAUACUCAGGGGACAUUUACACAAUGCCAUCACCUUUGACCAGCUUGGCUCACACUAAGACUGUCACCUCCUCAGCUGUCUGUGUCUCUCCAGACCAUGACAUCUAUCUGGCCGCCCAGCCCAGGAAGGACCUCUGGGUGUAUAAACCAGCCCAGAAUAGUUGGCAGCAACUUGCUGACCGCCUGCUCUGCCGUGAGGGCAUGGACGUGGCAUACCUCAAUGGCUACAUUUACAUUUUGGGUGGGCGGGACCCUAUUACCGGCAUUAAACUGAAGGAGGUGGAGUGCUACAGUGUCCAGAGGAACCAGUGGGCCUUAGUGGCUCCUGUACCCCAUUCCUUCUAUUCCUUUGAACUAAUAGUGGUUCAGAACUAUCUUUAUGCUGUGAACAGUAAGCGCAUGCUCUGCUAUGAUCCUAGCCAUAAUAUGUGGCUGAACUGUGCUUCUCUUAAACGCAGUGACUUUCAGGAAGCCUGUGUCUUCAAUGAUGAGAUCUAUUGUAUCUGUGACAUCCCAGUCAUGAAGGUGUAUAACCCAGCCAGGGGAGAAUGGAGGCGGAUUAGUAAUAUUCCCCUGGACUCUGAGACCCACAACUAUCAGAUUGUCAAUCAUGGCCAAAAGUUGCUCCUCAUCACCUCUACAACCCCACAGUGGAAAAAAAACCGGGUGACUGUGUAUGAAUAUGAUACUAGGGAAGACCAGUGGAUUAAUAUAGGUACCAUGUUAGGUCUUUUGCAGUUUGACUCUGGCUUUAUUUGCCUCUGUGCUCGUGUUUAUCCUUCCUGCCUUGAACCUGGUCAGAGUUUCAUCACUGAGGAAGAUGAUGCACGGAGUGAGUCUAGUACUGAAUGGGACUUAGAUGGAUUCAGUGAAUUGGACUCUGAGUCAGGAAGUUCAAGUUCUUUUUCUGAUGAUGAAGUCUGGGUACAGGUAGCACCUCAGCGAAAUGCACAGGAUCAGCAGGGUUCUUUGUAAAUAUUUUGAACUACUAAGAUGUUUCUACUGCUAUGGAAUAUAUCUUAAAAAGAUGUCCUUUUCUUUUCCUGAAAAAAAAAAUAAAUUGAUUAGGGCCGCAGAUUUGGUUUAGAAAGGAUAAUGUUUGAAUUGCUAAUGUAAUGUUACAAAGUUUAAACAGUCCAUGAAAUCAACUAUAUAAUAAUUUACUGUGCAGAACGUUGAGAUUAAAGUAUGCAAAA